GUCAUGUGUCACAUCUUCAGGAAAAAUACUCACUCGAUUAAGCUAAAGUUGAUUAGUUCCAAAAUUUACAAAAGAAAAAGUUUUGUUUUUACAUUUUUGGUAAAUAAAAUGUAAACUAUUCGAAUUAUUAACAAAACCAAAAUAAAAACGAAAUCAUUUAAAUAAAAAUUCCACCAAAAAAAUCGUGUCUUUUGUCGUGCAUCGAGAAAGACUUCACCAUUGAAAUAUUUUUCUCGCUAAUUGAAUUAGUGAAACGAAUCCCAAAACAAUACACAAAAGGGGCGGAGCACUUCGGAGGGUCGCUUCAAAAUGCAUCUAAGUGCUGAUAUAUCGAGUGCAUUGCAGCAAAUCGAAGCUGUAAAGCAGGGCAUAGACGAGUCCGAUGACCCAAAGCUUCAAAUGAACACGGCGGAGAGUCUUAAGACUAUUUUGGACAUUCUGCAGGAUCCAGUGUUCAGGACAAUAGUGCAUGUACAGGACUCUCUGUCGGAGCUGAAUACUCAGUUAGUGCAACAUCCUUCGAUGUUGCCAAAUGACUUUGACAUUGAUGUGAGUGGGAAUCUAGUUCUUAGCGUUCCCAGCGAUGUUGUGUACGAUUUUGGGGAUGACACACCACGGGUAUCAUCGGCACAAAUGUCUCCCAGGAGCUUAGGUAGUCCCACCAGCAACAACUACCCAAUUGUGAGCUCUGCAGAACACAGCCUAACAGAGGAUCAUGGUACGUUUAUGAAGAAGACGCGUGGCUAUUCGGAUCUCUCACGCAGUGCCGACGAAGAACGUCCGCAAUCGGUGGUUUCGGACUCCUCAAAACACGCCGUCGAUCUAUUCAGCUCCGACUAUGCCCAGAUUCAGGCCAUCGAGCUGGUUAACGAUGGAACUGGUCUGGGUUUUGGUAUAAUCGGAGCUCGUACAUCAGGAGUCAUCGUAAAGACCAUCCUCCCUGGCGGAGUCGCCGAUCGUGAUGGUCGUCUUCGUAGUGGUGACCACAUUCUUCAAAUUGGAGACGUAAAUUUGCAUGACAUGGUCUCGGAGCAAGUUGCUUCGGUGCUCCGUCAGUCGGGUACUCAUGUGCGAUUAGUGGUGGCUCGACCAAUUGAGCAGGUUCAACCGAAGUAUGAAGUUGAACCUGGGUGUGCCACAGUCCCAUCGAGAGUUUUGGUCGAUCCAAUUGAAUUGGAGCGUUUUUUGAUUGCCGCUGGUUAUCCCGAGAUCUUCGGUGAGAGCUCCACUGCCUCCACUCCACAAACAACCACAGAGGAUGAGCGAUUUGUUUAUCGCAGCGAGUUGGACAUGUCCAAACGCCCACCAAUGGCUACUCCCAUCGAUUUGGACGACUUAGAAUUGCCCGAGACCGAGAAACUCCAAGUUGAAUUGACUAAGGAUGCUAAUGGUCUCGGUAUCACCAUUGCAGGCUACGUGUGCGAAAAGGAGGAGCUAUCGGGAAUUUUUGUGAAGAGUGUUUCGCCCGGAAGUGCCGCCGACAUGAGUGGCAGAAUUCGGGUGAACGAUCGAAUUAUCGAGGUCGAUGGACAAAGUCUACAGGGCUUCUCUAAUCAUCAGGCUGUGGAGUUGUUAAAGAAAAGCGGACAAGUCGUCAAUUUGCGUUUGGAGCGAUACCUACGUGGGCCGAAGUAUGAUCAACUACAGCAAGCAAUCGCUGCAAAUGAUCAGGUUCCCAGCAGUAUUCCCUCAACACCCUCGAGAGCGUUGCCAGCAACACCCCAGAGAACGGUGUCGAUACCAAAUAAGCCAGCAGUUCUACCACCACCUCCUCCUGUUACUAUUGCUCCUGUUGUUGCCGCUCCUGAAGAAUCCCCAGAGGAUAUUACAGAUGCUCCUUUACCAAUCCAAAUAAAAAAGACCACCGACGAAUCAUUAACCUUGAGUAGUUUUGGAAGCGGAAAGAAAUUGAUGACAGCUCGGGACUCUCUGGACACGAUGAAGAUCAUUCCCACUGAGGUGCCCAUUGUUAAUUUGCCAGAAAGCAAAGUUGAUGAAUUAGAUGAGAUCACAUGGAAGAUAACAAAGAACUGGCUCGGAGAUAUUAAAAAUUUUGACUAUCAAACGCUGAUAUUCUAUUUUCAAAAAAAGGAAUCGGAUAUACUUCAUGCUAAAAACACCGCCAUCAUUUCCCGUCACAAAUACUUCACUGAAUCUGAACUAACGCCCGAAGCAGAGCAAGAUAUUCUUAAGAAAUGGAGAAAAAUCGUCGGUCCUGAAGUUGAAGUGAUUGUUGCUCAGAUAAAGAAAUUCGCAGCUGGGGGAUUGGGUAUAUCCCUCGAGGGAACCGUAGAUGUGGAGGGUGGCCGAGAAGUUCGUCCACAUCAUUACAUUCGAUCGAUUCUCAACGAUGGGCCGGUGGGAAUUAAUGGAGUCCUCAAAUCAGGCGAUGAAUUGUUGGAAGUAAAUGGCGAACGUUUACUCGGAAUGAAUCAUCUUGAGGUUGUUGCGAUUCUCAAGGAACUGCCUCAAGAUGUUCGCAUGGUUUGUGGACGGGGAAAGAACACCUUGAUACCCUUCUCCGAUGACACUCUCAAGAAGCUGAGCAACAAUCUGGAGAAUCUACUUCCAACCUCUGAUCGUCUUGUGAAAGCCAAGUCCGACGGAAGUCUUGCCACCGUUGGAAAUGGACCCGACGAGUCCUUUACAAAACUUAAAUCCAGAUCUCUUGAACCACUCACCGGAUUGGCUAUGUGGAGUUCAGACCCCCAAGUUAUCGAGCUGGUGAAGGGUGAUCGUGGAUUGGGCUUUUCCAUUCUCGAUUACCAAGACCCCAUCGAUCCAAAUGACACAUUGAUCGUCAUCCGGUCACUGGUUCCCGGAGGAGUGGCUCAGCUAGAUGGACGUUUGAUACCCGGAGACCGUCUGCUUUUCGUCAACUCAAUCAAUUUAGAAAACGCCUCCCUCGAUCAGGCAGUUCAAGCUCUCAAGGGUGCUCCCAAGGGCACAGUACGUAUCGGCGUAGCCAAACCGCUCCCAAUGUCCGAAAACUCUCUCAAAUCAGCAAAUAUCAUAAUCAAUGAUGCGAAUAUAUCGAACUUCAGUAAUAUCUCCACCGCCGCCUCCGAUCCCGAUUUAAUCCCUGGAUGGAAUGAUUAAAAAGAUAGCUGAUUGAUAUUUACAGAUAGAUCAAUUUACCGUCGUUAUCGUCGUCGUUAGUUAGAAUAGGAAAAUUAAACUUUAAACAAUCAACAUGGCACUCGAAACGAAAUUUACUUUUACUUUUGUUUGUAUCCGUCAACUUUUUUCUUUGAUAACUGUUUUUUAAUGUUUAUGUCCAUGUCCAAGUACUUAAUAAUAUUGUUUUUUACUCUUUUUUGAAUUUUUUGUUUUGUAUUAUUUACAAAACUUUACUCACAUUCCAAAAACACGAACGAAAUUUAUUAUAUUUGCAAUUAAAGAGGUAUUAUUUUUUUUAACAUUAUAUUAAUAAAAAAAUGAUUAUUACUAAAAAA